AGGAAACCUUGAUUAAUACAAAACUGAUAAAACGGAAUUGCUAAAUCAACUUUCGUAAAAAUCGCAAUUCUCGAAGGUUAGUUCUGGUAAACAUAGUUUCAGGAAGAGGAAGCCCGAAUAAAGAUAACUGAAUCCAAGGAUUAUAUAAAUGGAAUAAUGGCUAUGACAAAUGAAGAUUAAUAAAAUAAUAAUAUACGUUGGGGAAUAGGCAAUAGACGAAUUUCGCAGACAGUUUCGCUGCAAAAUACAAAUUACUCAAGAAUGUAGAACGCAUAGGAAUUAUUGCAAACAAUUAAGUAACAGAUGAUUAUUUUAUCGAUACAUUUCGUUACGGCAAAAGCCAGGUAUAUUAGUUCAAAUUUCACUAAAUAUUGUUAAAUAAAAUGUUUGCGUACGUGCGGACAGUUUCCCUCAUCUUUGCAUUUUUAGCGCUCAAAAAUGGAGUUUUCGCCGGCACUCAGACACUUGGUCCAGGAAUCAACAAAAUAGUAAAUUUAACAGAACAAACUUCGCCAACACGAUCGUUCCCAUCAUUAUUUCCGCGACCACCAAACUCUUUCCCAAGACUAUCACUUACUAACAACCAGGUACCUGAACCCCAAUCAAACAUUCAAGAAAUUCCGAAAUUGACAAUAACUCAUUCAACCUUUCAUCCUUUGCAUCAAGGACCUGCUGGAAUACCUUCGUUAUAUCCACAAGUCGAACCAAGCAAGUUAGGAAAUACUCUUACUACACCUAUAAGUAAUUCUCUAACACUAAAUAAUGUACUUCAAAAUAAUCUAGCUCCACUACCUGCGAUUUCGAGACCUGCACACAAUGAGCAUCCUAAUUCGGUACAUAUUUAUGAAUUUAAUAACGCAGCAUCUUUGACUCCAGAAAAUGAAAUACUAACAGUUAUUGAUGAAUCUUAUCCCUAUGUCACACACACAGAUCAAAUCGACAUUUAUGGAAAAACUGCUCUAAUAAAUAAUUAUCAGUCACCAAUAGUGGUUAAAGUUCCUCCAAUGCCAAUAAUGUCACCAAGUUAUAUUGUAGCCAACCCUUAUGAGGCGUUGCCUUCACCAAAUAUUAUUCCAGAUUACAGUGCUUCUUAUACAAUUGCUGAGAUAUAUCCUCCUUUAGCGAAUGCAGAAAUGAGUCUACCUUCAAUGCCGUUUGAAACAGCUGCUGUAUCUGAGGAUUUGGGAUAUUAUGGACAAGCUCCAGUUAGUGUACAACUUAGUACGGCGUCGUCAUGGACACCAGAGCCUGUUAUAACUGUAAUUUCCCCUCCAGCUCAAGCUCUUUCAAGUGUCUCUUCACAAGUAACAUGUCCUACACUGCAACCUCCUUCUAUACCUCCACAACUUCCAUACCCCAGCUUUGCUCCUCCCCCAGUAAUUGUGAUGGAGAAAUCAAAAUCUAGUUUGAAAAAUUUACUACCAAUACUUUUGGUAUCCUUGUUAGACGGUGGGAAUAGGAACAAUGGUGGAGGAUGCUGCUCGUCGCAAGGUGGUUCACUUUUACCUUUUCCAUUCCCGAUAGUAAUACCUACUGGCAUCCCCAAUGUAUAGCCGCGGUCUUCAGUGAGGAAGAGUUUGGUUUGGAGAUCAUUAUAAGUGACACUGAAGCUGCUUAGCAACACUAACAGUUGCAAGAAGUGAAGCUCUGUGGUCAGGUUUUGCUCUAAUGAAGGUCAUAUUUAAAAAAUUAAAGAAUAAAUAAUAUUAAAUAUUUUUAACCGAUGAAAAUAUGUUUUCGGCUUAUUUUUAAUUUAUUAAACGACCUGAAAAUACAAUCCUUGUUUUCUUUACCUAUGUACGUUUACUUUCCCUGGUCAAAGACU